CGGGUAUCAAAGAAUAGAAACGCACAGUAAGCACGGAAUGGCUUUCUUAUCUUACAUAGUAGAUUCAUGGCUAGCGCUGUGUUUCAAACCAGUCAAACUACGAGGUGGAGGAAGAGUUGUCCGCACGUCACUGAGCCCGUUCUUCGGAGGACCGAGCCCGAUGGAGGUAGCAUUCCGUAGAGAUGAGAAAUUUUCACAAGUCACACACUCCAUCGAUUUGCCAGUCCGUACCACCAUCUCGCAUGGCCUCAGAACCUUCUUCACCGCAACAUAAGAGAGUAAAACUAGAAAUGCCACUCCCAGAGCCAGCAGCCGAGGAAGACAUACCAGAAGACCUCGACGAAAACCACUGUUGCAUCUGUCUACAAGCAGUUGUAGACCGCACAGUCGUACCAACAUGCUCUCAUGAGUUUUGUUUUGAAUGUUUAAUGAUAUGGACAGAACAAUCAAGAAGAUGCCCACUAUGCUCUCAGAACAUCGGAGAAUAUCUUAUCCACAACCUUCGCUCACGAUACGAUUACCAGAGGCAUUUUCUUCCCCCAGUGAGGUCUAAAUCGCCCUCUCUGCUUCCACCACGGUCUAUGCCAGAAAGGAAUGUCCGAAGACGAACUCGAAUUCCUCGAGAAAUAAGGGAACGGAGCAGGCGCGAGCGGAAUGAAAGGAUAGAGGCUGAUAGAUUUGAACGUGCGGUAGCGAGACGCAGAUGGAUAUACAAACAUGAUCUAUAUGCCAAGGUACGCCUCUUACUCUAUUAAGCAACAUAUAAUGUGUAUUUCAAGUCUUUUCAACAGUUUCUGACGACGCCUCCUACUACCCGCAGCACGUCGCGUCAAAUAGCCAUACGCGCUAUCGUCCAUACCCCACACCAGCACAGUUUGCUGCAUCGCAAGAGCUUAUAUCAAGAGCAACCAGUUUUUUGAGGAGAGAGCUUCUUGUUUGGCUGGAUUUGGAUAUCGAAUUUUUAACGACUUUCAUUAUAUCCUUAAUGAAAGCCAUCGACAUUCGCUCUGAAUCGGCAGUCAAGUUGUUAGCUGAAUUUCUCGACAUGGAUUCACCCUAUGUUGAAGGUCUAAGACACGUCAAUGCCGAACAUUUCGCACAUGAAGUAUAUUCUUAUUUGCGAUCUCCGUACAAGGAUCUCUUUGUGUACGAUGAUAUAGUUCAGUAUGAUAAUCCUCCCCCCGAUUCGCCCCCUCCUCGACGAAGGCAUCAACGCAACAGCCGGUGGCGCGAACCUUCACUUUCACUUUCACCUCCCCCACCUGAACCCUCGGGUCUUCAUUUACGUUCCCGUUCGCCAUCUCUAUCCCCUCCUGAACCCGCGGGAGUUCGUUUACGUUCCCGUUCUCAUGUCCGAUUGCCAUCACCUUCUCUAUCCCCUCCGCCACCACCAGAUCGUACGCGUGGUAAGGAAACUCGCAGAUCUGUAUCUGGCGUUCGCACCACUUCUCGAACGCGAAGUCGUUCGCGUUCUUGGUCGCCUUCUGGUAGACGUUAUCCGAGCGAGCGAGAACGGGAAAGGCACUUGAACAGGUCGUUCAGUCCGGAGAGCGAGAGGAAUUUGGGGAGAAGACGGGGACGGGGACGGGGAAACAGAACGAACGAUAGCCCUCGUCGCUAUAGUUCAGAACGCGAUGACAGCUCAUUCAGUAACGCUCAUUCGCAAUCUCGACGUAGAGAGUCCGGGCCUAACGAUAUCAGACCCAGGUCUUUCCGGCAGCUUGUUGUCAGAGGCAAGAGGAAGGAAAGAGAUUGUAGUGAUGACGACAAACAUUUUGAAGGACAUCCAGGAUCCAUAUCUCUGGGUCGUCCUCUCCCUAUACCGCUGCGAGGGUCACCAUCAGUUGUGGAGGAGAUAACGGAAUCUCGUGGUAAAUUCAUUUCCGAAAUGAAUGUAAAACGUGCUUCCCAUGCAGCUGCUUCCCAGAGAAAUUCUUCGGAUCCUACGAUGUCAGGGAAUGUGGUUACCAGGUCCACUCAGAGUGGCGGCAAGAGCGAUACCCCGGGCUCUAGCGCGAGCGCUAGCGAUGCACGGGCACCCAGGACUCUGAAAAAGAACACUGACGGUGUACCCAGGAGCAGAAAUCGGACCCUUUUGGACUCGGUGCAAGCUCAUCUGAACAUCAAUCGAAACCUUAAUGCACCCAAAGGAUUGGACCCCAAAACGCGUCUAGGAGCGUCUACCCAUUCAAACGAAGCUGUGUCUACGUCGACCGUCGCCCCAGACGGUCACGGUCACUCGACUCUCCCAUCGUUGCUCCUUCGUUUGUCAGACGUUUACACUGGUGGUGAAGACACUCCUACCUAUGACGUCGACGUUACCCCACCUCCAUCCACAAGUCCGAGAGGAGCGGAAAGGGAGUCUAGGCCUUUGCCGCCGACCGUGACCGCGACCGCGGGGGCCAUCUUAUCUCCAUCUCAAAAGCAAAUGUCAUCAUCGAUAGUUGCUAUUGAAACCCCUUCGGCGCCUAAUCCUCCAGGGUCAAAUAUACACGUUCACGACGACAGGUUCGGACAGCAACGUGAACGAACGCGUCAACUCCGAAUGAACCGCUCCUCUGCGUCAAUCAUGUCCGAGUCUAUUAUCCCUCCCAUAACCGACGAUAUAUAUCGCGAGGGUCAGGUUCAUUCACACGGCUCGUUCUCGUUCUUCUCGAAUGACACGAUCAGUUGCGAACCUAACAACGGAAGUGACAGAAUCAUAAAAUCCAAAAUCUCUGACGUUGACAACAAUAGCAAUAUCGAUAUGUCCGAUUUUCCCACUUUGACGACUGUUCCUACUCCUACUCCUACUCUUACUCUUUCUUCUUCCCGAAGUUUGCUUCUGAGGAAGCUUGAAGAAGAGAAACGGAAAAUUCGAAUAGAAAUAUCGAGUGUUUCCCAUACCCAUACCGAUGCUGAUGCUGAUGGCGAUGGCGAUGGCGGGGUCAAUUCGGGGUCGGGGAUGGGUGGGUCGACAAUAGUGUCGACGACUCCAGUUUCUACUUCUACUUCUUCCCUCGAUCCCAACACGAUGGAAUUGGAAGCUAGAUUACGAAUGCGUGCGAGGUUGAACGCUCGACUUGCGUCUGAGAAACGGAGUGACGUUGCUUGAUGAUGAAAUUUUGAUUUUCCAUUCCCAUUCCCAUGUAACUAUCGUACUUGAUGAUGAUAACAAUGAUGAUGAUGGAUAU